ACUUCAUUCCAAAGCAUUUCUUCUCAGUUCUUGUCUGUUUUUCUCAGCUCGUGUGUUUGGCCACUGAUCUAAGCUGAUCUACGCUAAAGUAGAAGAAAGAUAGAAUGUUGGGGAUUUUCCAAAAGGCCAUUGCUCAGCCUCCAAAGGAGCUCAACAGCCCAGUUGCUUCUUCAGAGGUUUGUAGAAAGCCCACUCACCCAAAUGAGAUUUUGAAGGCAUUCCUUUCCUCCCAUCCUCACAAUUCUCUGUCGGCUACGAUUGGAGAUGGGGCCAUCAUGGCGUACGCUCGCGACGAUCGCCAUUUCUCCAUUCAUCAGAGGUUAUUCUGUGGUUGUGAUGACAUUUACUGCCUCUUCUUUGGCCAUUUGAACAACUUAAGCAGUCUCAUCAAGCAAUAUGGGCUAACAAAGGCGAGCAACGAGGCUACGGUGGUCAUCGAGGCGUAUCGGACCCUCCGUGAUCGUGGGCCAUACCCCGCCGAUCAGGUCGUUAAAGAUCUCAACGGCAGCUUCUCUUUCGUUAUCUUUGAUAGCAAGGCUAGAACGGUCUUUGCUGCACUGGGGUCAGAUGGAGGAGUUGAACUGUUCUGGGGCAUUGCAGCUGAUGGCUCAGUUGUAUUUUCUAACGAUUUGGAGGUCAUUAAAGAAGGCUGCGGCAGAUCCUUUGCACCAUUCCCUGCUGGGUGUAUGUUCCACAGCGAGGGAGGGCUGAUGAGUUUCGAGCAUCCGAUGCAUAAGAUGAAGGCGAUGCCGAGAGUGGACAGUGAGGGAGUGAUGUGUGGUGCCAGUUUCAACGUCGACAAGUAUUCAAGGGUCAGCACCAUGCCACGUGUCGGAAGCGAGGCCAACUGGACCGUGUGGGAGUCGCAUUAAUCUGUACCCUUCAAAUGUAUUUCUAUUUCGUGUGUUUUAUAGGGUUACAUGAAUAAAUUACUACCAGUCUACAAAUCAGAAACGUGUGUGGCUUUGAUUGGCCCAGUUUUUUU